AUUCAGUUUGAAAUAGACAUUGAUAAGGAGAAUUGUGAUGAUGUAGCAAAUGAAAUGGCAAAGUCUGGAUUGAUUCUUGAAGAUGAUGCUAGGACAGUGGCUAAAUUACUUAAAAAUCAAAUUCAAGCAAUUAAUAAAGAAUGCGAUGAAGGGGUUCCUGUUGCACCACAAACAGAAGUGAUGCAAAAUACAGAAGCUAUUGUAACGGAUACUAUUAAUUUGUGUAUUGAAGAUAAUGAUGAUUCUAAGAGCCAUUUGGAAUUCAAAUUAAUUGGCCUUCCAGAACAAAAUAAUGGAGGUGUGGACAAAUUAACCCAAAAUCAAAUGUCAGAGCACUACGAUGGCAAUGGGAAAUCUCCCACACUAUUCUUAGAGUUGAACUCUGCCCAUUAUUAUCAUAUGUAA